GCUCAAACUAGAUGAGCAUCAUCAUACAAUUUCACCUUCCUAUCUGAUUUAUGCGAUGAUCCCUUAACACGGACACAAGUAGUGGAUCGAUAGAGAGGUUUCCUCUUGAAGGAUUCAAUCUCAAAACCAAGUCUUGGUAUAUUCCUCCGCGGCUUUAUACAUUUAAAAGAAAAAAUCCUUGAUGCUUCAGUAGCUGGCAACUCGUGCGUCAUCCAAUCCUCAAGAGAGUCAAGAAUGUGCCUGCUUUAUGAUCACAAAGAUCUCUCACAUACAUGUGAGAGCGACUUGGUUUUACAAGUACUUGAUACUUGUCAGAGUGUUUAGUGUAUGAAAUUUAGGGGAAAAUAAAAAAGAUACAGGAAAUCUGAGAUCCACUCUCCUCAUUCACACCGUCACACGCAUGCACACAGCACACAAACAUAUUUUAUUGGAAGCAGCCAAGCAUUCAUAAUCUUAGAGGGAAUGAAAAGGUCAAAGAAACACUAGGACCAAACUCACCAAACCCGUUCACCCUUCCUGACCAAACUUCUAACUGGAUGAAAAGGUCGAAAGGUUUUGAUUGAUGCCUCGUACUCAAUGAGAAUGAUUCAUCAGUUAUUUUGCCCCCAGACCAGUUGGAGCGUCCAUUAGUUUGAUGGAUUGGACAUCUAUGCUAUAUGUUGAUGGAGGUGGGGCUAAGCAAUUAGCAUUUACUGGAGCCCAUUAAUUCGUGCCACAGUCCACAGAGGAGAUUUGGGAGGUACCUUUAAACCCGCCUCCUUAAUGCCCAAAUCUCUAAUGACAUCACACACUAUUGUUGACUGUUUUCUCCCCCUUUUUUCUUUAAAACCUCCGUUGUGUUUUAUCAUUUAUGUUCGACAAUAAAAGGCACUUGGGAUCAAGAGUUCCUCCAACUCCAAGUCUCCAACCUUGGUAGAACAGGAACAGGCAACAGAGGAAGGACGCGUUGUCCAGUGUCCACUCCGAAUAGAUAGUUCCAAGUUUCAUUUUACCCCUAUAAAAUUCGAUGCAAGUUGUUGUAUAUUCCCUCAACUUAAACUGUGAAUAUGUUCUUCAGAAACAUAACAGUGCCGCCAUUGUCACUUGGAUGGUUUAUGAACCUUCAAUCAGUUCGUAACCGUUCGACAAAAUGCCUCAGAGCACAAACAUCAACUCUAGAGUUAUUAUCAUCUCACUGUGGUUCUGUCAUCCAAGCCUCCAUAGAAAAGGGUUCCCCACAAAAGGCCCUUCUGGACUAUAAAACAGUUCUUUGCAGGGUAACCCAACUCGAUCAACAAACACUUCUCUCUGUUCUUGAAGCCUGCAAGAUAUCAUUGAAUUUCGAAACCGUAAGCUGUAUCCACACUAGCGUUAUUAAAUCCGGGUUCCAAUCCUAUCCAUCCAUUGUAUCCUCUCUGAUAGCAAACUUUGUUGCCUGUGGUCGCAUCGAUGACACUAAUCGACUCCUCGGUGAAAUUCCCAGGUGGGGUUUUCAUCUCGUAUCUGCAAAUUUAAUUAUUGCAGGUUAUAUGAAGACAGGAGAAUUUGAUCAUGCAAAUCGAGUGUUUUCCCAAAUGCCAUGCAAAGAUGUUGUCUCAUGGAACUCGAUGAUUGCGGGUUGUGUUAGAAACGCCCGCCCAAAGGAAGCUAUAAAUAUAUUUCAGCAGAUGAUCAACUCGAACUUCAGUCCAGAUGGGUUCGCGUUUGCUUCUGUUCUCACUGCGUGUGCUCGAACUGGAGCUCUUAACCACGGCGAAUGGGUGCACAAAUUGAUGAUCGAGAAACAAAUCGAGCUCAAUUUUAUAUUGAGCGCAGCACUGAUAGAUAUGUACUCAAAAUGUGGAAGGAUCCAAACUGCCAAGCAAAUUUUCAACAGCAUUCGACGGGAUGAUGUAUCUGUGUGGAAUGCCAUGAUCACAGGACUAGCGAUUCACGGGCUUGCAUCAGAUGCAAUGGCAAUACUCUCCCGAAUGGAGCGUGAAGGUCAAACUCCUGAUUCUAUCACCUUCAUUGGAAUCUUAACUGCGUGCAGCCACUGCGGCCUGGUCGAUCAAGGUCGCGACUACUUCACUUCAAUGAAAAGGCAUUACCUAAUCGAACCACAGCUCGAGCAUUAUGGAGCAAUGGUUGACCUACUAGGUCGAGCUGGGUUAUUGGAAGAAGCUCACUCAAUGAUAAUGGAAAUGCCGAUUCAACCGGAUGUCGUAAUAUGGAGGGCGCUGUUAAGUGCUUGUAGAAUUCACGGAAAGGCCGAAUUAGGUGAGGCUGCGAUCAAUCAAAUGGCACGCGCCGACAGCGGAGACUAUGUCCUGCUCUCGAAUAUCUACUCUUCUGCAAAAAGAUGGAAUAGCGCUCAGAGAGUGAGGCAAUUGAUGAGAAAGAAGGGAGUUAGAAAGAACAGUGGAUUGAGUUGGAUUGAGGUGGGGGGUGUUGUUCACCAGUUCAAGGUGGGUGAUCAAACACACCCUGAAUCGCAGGCCAUAUACAGGGUGUUGGAAAGAUUGAGUCGGCGGAUUAAACUGGAGGGAUUUGUUCCUAGCAGAGAACUAGUUUUGAUGGAUAUUUCUGAGGAGGAAAAGGAAGGAAACCUGAAUUGUCAUAGCGAAAAGCUGGCGACAGCCUAUGGAAUCCUAAAGACCAGUCCUAGAACCGAAAUUCGAGUCUCAAAAAACCUCAGGACUUGCCUGGACUGCCAUGGAUGGAUGAAAGUUGUUUCAAAGGUAUUAAACCGGGUGAUUUUGGUGAGGGAUCGGCUUCGCUUUCAUCGAUUCGAAAGCGGUUCGUGUUCUUGUGGAGAUUACUGGUAACGACGAGUCCAGAAAGAAGAAAAUGAGAGAGAUUUUCUACCUGCAUGCUGAAUCGAAUCUUUCACGUUCCAAAGCGGUUCAUAUUAUCCCUGCACGCCAUAAAAGUAGUCCGAAUUCUGCACGCCAUGUGGAUUGUGGAAUGCAACAGACCAACAGUCGUGCAUUUCUUCUGGCAUCAUCUACUGCUUCUCACGAUGUCUACGGUUCGGUCUUCAUUCUUAACGGACCAGUGCAGACUACAGUCAUCAAAUGAACUACAGCCAACCAGUCAAAUUUAUCGACGUUUUGUUUCCCCGUGAUUUCUGAUUGGAAUUCAACGAAUAAAUGAGUUUCACUCUUGAAUGCAA